AUGGACUGCUUAAAAUGUAAGAAGGUAUUUAGUACCAGGCAAAGACUGCAAUACCACGUCAACAAUAGCGUUUGUAUGAAGAAGCCCACCAGUAGGGUUUGUGAGGACUGUAAUAAGGAAUUCAGUACCUUGCAGGAACUACAGCAACAUGUGAAGAAGGGCAUUUGCCGUAGGACAACAGAAUGUAGUUACUGUGGUAAGGUUCUUAGUAGUCGUCAGCGUCUUCAAACGCAUAAGAAGAAACACGAGGAAAGAUACCAAUACUUUGCAGAGAAGUACAACCUGGAAGGAGUGGAUUGCUACCAAUGCGGGGAUCUCAUGAGUCGUUGUGAGCAUAAAGAUGAUUACCUAAGGAAUCGAAUAGACUACUUCAUGAAGAUAAGUAGGACGCUACCCCGCUUUGACGCAUUAGAAGGCGUCCCAUGGACUAACAGGGAAUAUUGGAGGCAGCAGUGUGAGAGAUGUGGAUGUGUGAGAGAGGAGGAGCACAUAUUCAACUGUCUCUUAACAAAGUCUUAA